CUGUGAAACUAGUAUCUAUUGAUUAUGGUGUCAAAAGAAGAUUUUGCACACAAAUAAUAAUCAUUUUUAUAAUAAAUUAAAAAAUGUAAUAAUAUUGCAUGUUUGAUGAAUGAAUGAACGGACUAAAAAUCGUGUAGGCACACGCUUAGCUUAUAAAAAAUUUAAAAUGAUCAACUUGGCUCCUUUUUGCACCUAGCACAGUGUUUAUAUAAACAUUCAAGACUGUUAUUUUGUAAUAGUAUUUUAAACUAUGAAAGUUUUAGUAAAAUAGUUCCAAUUAUUUUUCAAAUUUAGCCCUAACGUUUUCUAGCCUGUUGCAAUAUGCAUUUAAAGGUAUGUUAAACUGUGUUACUUUAAUGUAAAUAAAAUAGUUACAAUCAUAAGUAAUGGUUUAUGUGAUAUAAUACAAAUGCAAAUAGUAGCAAGCAUGAGUGAUGAAAAGUCGGCCGAGAAGCAAACCGAUGACCAUGCUUGCGAUAACUCUCCUAAUCUAACUCUGACGACAGAUCAGACAAUCUGUACAAACAAUCAGUCACCUGGUGCCGAACCGAGCAGUAGUCCAAGUAACAUGCCUCCAACGGAGAGUAUUACACCUACACCUAAUACAGAUAAUUUACUAGACAUAUCUGUACCAAAGAUCGCACUGUUGGGCAAAGAACAGGCAAAAAAACGGCUGUUAGCAUUUUCGGCUUCAAAACAAAGUAUUUCGCCAAAUUGCAAACGAAAUAAGUCUAAGGAAGAGGAGAAGACUGAUAGUGAUAAAAUGGAACCCGCCAAGAAAUGCAAAAAACGUUUAAAUCCAACCGAAAAGGCCAAAGCGGUGAUAGAAGAGAUUGAGGAAAUCAAAAAAAUGGAACAUGCCCGGACGUAUUACGGACCUACAGAACAACAGACGAAGAUAGAUGCUCGAAGUAGAUCUAACGAAUGGAAGAGUCAUCAUAGGAAGGAGCAUCGAAGGAGUAGAAGUGACGAGAAAGUACGCCCUAGGUCGAGGGAGAGAAGCAGAUAUCCGGUGUGUUGGGCUGAGUUUAGGGAGAGAAGAUACGAUCAAGAGACAGCCAAUGGGAAAUCUGCAAAGAAAAUUGAAGAGUGUCUUGAUUUUAGAAGGCAGUUCUUGUUCGAAACUCCUUCACUUCUUUUACAUCCAUUGACGUUUAAGGAUGUUUCAGGAAAGGAGAGGAUUGUUCCAAUUCUUUCCCGAAGGAGUACGAAAACAAAACCGCCAAUAUCCUUUAGUGUGACUGAGAAAGUUGAGUCGACACCAUAUAACAGGAAAAGUGUGCUCGAUUAUAUUUCAAAACCGUAUCGCGACAACAUUUCGAAGAUUAUUAACACCUCCGCUCGUCCCUUGGAGAAAAUAACGUCCAAAUCGUCAAUAAGAAGAUGGUAUCCACAGAAAUGCUUCAGCAGUAUCGAAAAGGAGACCGAGUGUACAGUGUUGGAAAACUCUCUGAGUUUAUCUUUUCUCCAAAAUUAUUCCGACGAGGAGGAACAAGAUAAAGACGAUACCAAAUUGACAGAGAAAGCCGUUGUGAAAGGUGCAAGCAAAACCGAAAUGCCACAACAAAAGAAACCCAAAGAACGAAAACACAAGCACAAAAUCAAGAAAACAAAGAAAAAAAAAGAAAAAAAGGAGAAGCCAAAGAAAAAAGUGCGCGAUAAGAGCGAUAAGAAAAGGAAAAGUGAAGAGAAUGAUUGGGUCGAACGACCAGAGACGAAACCCCCCAAAGUAGACGUACAUAAUGACGCGCAAAAACCUAAAAAAAGUGAGAGUAAAGAAAAACAAACGAAAAAGACACCAAACGAAAUCACUAAUACUGAAAAAGUAGACACUCAAGAUCGUUCUCGUUCUGUAGAACAAACCGUCCGAAAACGUCAACACAAACGGUCUUCGGAUCGGCACUCUUCAUCGCAAAAGCAAGACAAGUUAGAGAAAAAAGAGCAAUCGCCGAUUCCAGAAAAGAAACGCAAGGAAGAAGUUUUAAAGAAGAUACCCCCACAUGGUAAAGAUUGCGUAAAGGAGGUUAAAAAAGAUAACUUAAAGGAGGUUAAAGUAGAUAGCGGCGAUAAGCCACCGGCACAGGAGACUAAGGAGGUGGAGGAUGUCAAUGCAAAAGCUCCAGCGGAGCGAGAACUAAACACACCUGAUACCGAUGAGUAUUAUUCCAAAUGGGAAAGCGACGAUGAGUUAUUGAACAGUAGUACGUCGAAACAAUCCGAUUUGUAUACAGACACAAGCGGUAUCAACGUGUCAUGGGAGAGCGACGCCGAUAUUCCUCUAUGUAAAUCUCCCGUACGAGAAUUUUAUAAAAGUGAGUCCCCCCACAAGGCACCCGUAGUCGAGGACUUUUCACCUUUCAGGGAUCGAUUCAUCAAUGAUAGGAGAAGGUCGCGAUGUUCUUUGGAUAACCCUUCACCCCCUUACCUAGAAAUGCCGUUAAACAUAAGAAAUUACAGGGAUAUUCAGUGGGAGGCCGAAAGACACAAUUCGGACCGUAUUAAUUUCCGAUUGGAAAACGACCAAAAGUGUUACUCUCUGUACACCGAAGAUUCUUGGGAGAAGGACGAUUAUAUGACCAUUAAGAGUGAGGAAAUGCGGCUGGCGGAAGAUCGGCGAUCGCUAAUGGAGGAAAGGCGCCAAUUCGAAAUUGAGAAAAGGAAAUUGGAGGAACUGGAACGAGAGAGAUACUAUUUGCGCAGGUCUAACGUUGAGGAAAAUUACAACGAGUCGUAUCAAGCCGGCGAAGAUCGAUAUCGUCACAAAACCUACCAUUUUCCAAAGGAGGACGAUCGUGGUUCUAGAAAAGUUUCGGAAAUUUUACCCAAAAGCGUCGAGCAUGCUGAUAAAAGAGCGUCAUCGGAGAAGCGUAAACGUUCCAGGUGGCAAAGUAUCGAUGUAAACGAAUUGGAGAGUGCUAAAGUCGAGGUACCCAAGGCGGAGUAUAGUAACAAACGUAAUAAGGUUAUCGUAAACGAUGAAAAGGCGAAACCGGAAGUACUAGAAAAUGAGUAUGAGAAAUUUUUGAAGGCGUUAAAUUCCCAAACGAAAGGCACGAUGUUAAAUGAGAAGAAAAGCAGAAGUGAAGUAAAAAAGAGGUCGAAGAAAGUUAAGAGUAGUUCUAGUAGCUCGUCAUCGUCUAGUUCGGAUGAUUCGGAUUCAUCGUCAUCAUCAUCAACAACCUCCUCGUCGUCUAACUCUGCAAAGAAAAGGAAGGAGGUUAAGAAAAAACCGGUGGCGCAAAAGCCAAGCGUUGAUUCCGUAAAGAAAGUCAAAACCAAGCAAGUUUUCAAAAUAGAAGAUGUGGAACGUGACCUAUUCCAAAAAGAAGAAGUGAAUCUUGUAGAAAUUCCACUGCCACAAGUUGAAGUUCCCCAUAAACCGCAAGACAAAAUUAUUCCCUUACCGGUUCCAUCGCCGAAAGUUGAUUCGGCAGUUUUGAAUAGCACACCGUCUAUUGCCGAUCAAAUUUCCGUAAUGGCAACUAUAGCAGUUUCCCCAAUUAAACAUGACAUUCCAAAAGAGAAACCUGAGCCCAAAGACAGUCCCGAUCCGGUUCUCAUAAAAUCUGACACUUCUAAAUUAACGAAAUUGGCAAUCGAAGCGAGUGUUACCGACAGCGCCAUCUUACCGCAGUUAAAAAUUAAAAAAACAAGCAGUCCCCUUAUGGCCGUGUCUACGAAAAGCGAAAUGGACGACUUCAAUUUGAACAAUAAUAUAUCGGUGAAAAAUGAAGAGGAAGUUACUACGACGGAAAUUGUCGAACACAAGCUGCUGCCGAUGAAUGAGGAAGAAAGUGUGCAAACCAUUUCAGACAUGCCACAGAGAAAUUCGACUUCACAUCCAAAACAAACGGAGAAAAAUUUAGUAAAAAGGAAUGAAGUGCCAACCAACGACACAGAAUCUUCUGCAAAACCUAUUAUCUUAUCGAAGCCAAAGGAAGGAAGAAAAAAAGGUGAAAAUUUUUCUCCAGUAUCGGAAACCUAUCGAAAGUUAUCCUCCCACGAAUUGGAUCACUUUUCCAUCAAAAAGUGUAGUAAAACGACGAAAGAAAGAAUGUCCAGCAUAGACAAAUCGUCUAAUAAUCUUCUGAAACAAUCGCCCCUUAGUUCUCCUUUAGAUGGUUUUAAGCGCAGUGUAGCCGACUCGACGAUUAGCGACGAGCAGCUACUGCAAAGUAAUUUAGUUGAAUGUACCGAAUCUCCAAAUCUCCAAAGUGCAAGCGAAAAAUCACCUAGGAGAAUGUCACUUGAUGAACGAAUCAAUCAAGCGUUAGGAUUAUCCGAAGAACCUAAACCUAUUGCCACGACCUAUUCGAAUAACGCUAAUUAUGAAUCACAAUAUUACGCUGAGGGCUUUGAUAGUUACGUUGAGGAACCAAGAAAACCUGAUACAGUAAACAAACGGAAUCAACGUUCUCUUAAUCAAAGUUCUAAACCGAGGGUUUUGCAAGUAGGGAAUAUUUUACAGGUUGUACCGACGGAAGAUUAUUCCGAGGCCCCCGCCCCUCCCAAAAGGAAGACUCCCUUACAACAAAAUAAAAUCAGCAACAGUACCCAGAAAAUCUUACAAGUUGGAAACAUGUUACAAAUAGUACCCACCACGUCAUUUCCGGAUAGCUUUGAACCUGAACCUGAACCUGAAAAUGACCCUCCUCCAGUCCCUUCGACGUCAACUCCAAUUAAAAGUACUUUUAAUGCAGAAAUGUUAAUAAAACAAAAGGCCGAAAGGAGGGCGGAGAAAGACAAAAGAAAACAGGAAAGGCAAUUGAAACGUAAGGAAAAAGAGAAGAAACGCAAGGAAAGAGAACGGCGUAAGCAACUUAAAGUAAAACUGCAAACCGAAGCUAGUAUAAAGCAAGCGCUUAUCUUGGAAGAUGCCAAUCUAUCGGAUGAACAGCAGGCGAAUGAAUCUCAGAAACCGGCACAAUGGCCCCCGAUUCCCCAAAUCGUUUCGAAUAGCGCCUACAGGCCGUCGGGCAAAGGAAUUUUAGCUCAAAAGAGAGAAGAAAGGGAAGAGUUAUUUGAUAAACGUAAACAAGUACUAUUUUCCGAUGGAAUUAGACCGGGCGAGGGAACCUCCCCUUCUGGAGGCGAAGAACUGUCGUCUCCACCACCAGCUCCUAGAAAACUGCCAAAAGAGAAAAGAUUUAAGAAAAUUAAACUGCCAAAAAAAGAAAAGGCUCCCAAGAAGAAGAAAGUAAAAGUGAAAGUUAUUAGACAGAGUCAAUUUGACGAGGAAAGCGAGGAAGAUACACUUCCUCCCCCGCCGCCGCCGCCCGGAUCGCCUCCGCCGCAUAUAUUUCCGGCACGAAUCAAAGAGCCCGUUUUCAAUAAUAUUCAUCCUAAUCUGCUAGCUAGCAUUACUAACCCUCCCGAUACCAGCUAUCCUCCCCCGGCGUAUCGUCCGAAUGCACCUGUGGUCGUACCUCACCACCUUCCCCUGCACCCUCCAGGCCCGCCUCCUCCAGUACAUCGUCAUCAUCUUCCAGCACUGCCCAUGUUACAUCACGGAAGUUUUAAUCAAUCACCGAGUAUUAUUCCACACGGCAACCAUCGGUAAUACUACAACAGUGUAGUAACCAAAUGGACUGUAAUAUAGAGACGUUUUCUUUCAAGAAUGUGUAAACUGCAAUGUAAUCUUAUAUAAUAAUAAUUUUGUGCGGUCAGCUGUAUAUAAUUUAUACUGUUGUGUGGCGUUUAUUUUCUUUAUUUACUUUUUUAUCGUAGGUAGCAAUUUACUUUUUUAAUAUUUUUUAUUUAUCUUUUUGUCAUUAUUGAACGAGACUUUUAUAUACUAGGAAUUAUAGUGUGAUGUGAUUAGAUUACAUUGGUGAUA